CUCCACUUUAUCUCAAACAGUUCUCACGAGAAGCUCCAGUUUAGUUAUUGUCAUGGAAUAUCUUCAAAACGUUUCAUUGGUGAAACAAUUGGACAAAGGCUAGAUAUGACCGUGGAGAAAUUCCCAGACCGUGAAGCUUAUGUCUGCUGUGAAGAUAAUGAAAGGGCCACAUUUGCUGAAUUCCAGGGAGAGGUAAGAGUUACCCCUUAAGUUAAUCCCUGGGAGUGACAAGCAUCUAGUUUUUCUUAACAGUAUCACCCUUGAGUCCAACUUUAAGGUCACAAGAAUAAAGGAAAUGAUUACAAACUCCAAAAUCUCUGAAUUGUUAGACAUAUUUUCCUUGUAAGGUAACCAUAGGAAUGUAUAGAGAGCAGUGUGGAGAAUAGUAGGGUGUAAAGGGUUACCAGACGAGACAAAACAACUUCAGUAACCAUGGGUGAUAUGUACAGACAAGCUGAGCCAGAGAAACUGGGUCAACUUGAUCAAAUCAAGGCUCUCUGGUCAAAUUUCCUCAUGAAACAAUAAAAGUAAUGACCAUGAAAAGUUUUAUUUCAUUGUUUGACUUGUUUUGUUUGACUUAACUUUUCCUCUUAUGAGCUCCGACCAGAAAAGUUUUUUGGCUGUGGGUCACUCACCUCAAAUGCAAAUUAAUCUUUAUUCAUUACUCGUUACUUUAUUUAUUUUGUAGGUAAACAGUCUUGCUGCUGGACUUCUUGCUAUGGGGUUCAAGAAAGGUGACUGUGUAGGAAUUUGGGGUCCUAACAUGAGGGAAUGGGUUAUCACUCAGUUUGCCACUGCCAAGGCUGGGUUAAUAUUGGUAAGUGCACUGAAACUAAUACUGGCUAAUGCUGCACUAAUACAUUUUACUAGGAGUAGGGAAAUACUAGCUUGCAUCAGAUAUGAUAUUCACAAAUUCCUGGAUACACAGGGCAGAUUAAUAUUAGCUUGAAAAUACCAACAUUGGACUGAUGUUAGACUUGAACUGCCAGUAAUGCAAAAUCAAAAUUUAUGACAUUGAUUUGGAAUGUUUAUUUUUGCAUUGGUGGGUUAAGAUGACUGAGAAUAAUUUUCAAGGAAUGUACCACAUAUAACUUGGACCAAUAUCCCUUUUUUUAAAUCUUUUGACAAAACUUUUAUUUUUUUUUGUAGGUAAACAUAAACCCUGCUUAUCAAACUCCUGAACUUGAGUAUGCUUUGAAAAAGGUAAAUUUUGAGAAUGGCUCAUUAGUAAAUAACUAAUAAUCUAAAUUAUUUUUAUUGCAAGAUUGACUGGUCUUUGUAACAUAAUUAUUUGUUAAAUCUCAGGUUGGCUGUAAAGCAAUCAUUAUGGCUGACAGGUUUAAAACACAAGAUUACUACAGCAUGUUGACGCACAUUGUACAUGAACUGCCACAGUCAAAACCAGGCGAUCUCUUUAAUGAAAGGUCAAUCAUUUAUUUAUUUAUUUAAUAAGACUGUAAAAUAAAUGAGGUUUACACUUGUGCUGAUGUCUUGUGCUUGUGAAGUAAAGUUUACCAGAGAGACACUGCUAGUCAAGAGAUUCAGAUCGCACUAUUACCUAUUUACUUUUCUGUGAUAAUAUUUAACCAAAUUUCUGUUUUCAAAGUUUGAGUUUCAGUGGUCAUAGAUAGUUAGUCAGUCAAGUUUGUGCAUCUUAUGGUAGAGAUAGAAGGAUGAUUUGUAAGUAUUCAGGUAAUUAUAACAUUGCCCAGCUUCAUGUGAUCCAUAAUAAGUCUGAAAAGACUUGAAAUUCUUCGAUGUCAAUUUUCAGGCUUAGAGAGGCAUGGAAUUUCAAAGUAGAUCAUGGACAAUUAUGGAAACAAAUGAACUUAAUAGUAAUUUUAUUUUAAACAAUACUACACUUUGCAAUGCAGUAUGAGAUGUGAUAUCUUUCCUUCUUGUUUAAUACUUGGCAUUGGUUACAGAGUUUUAAUUAAUACCUCUACAUUACUUGGUAUUUUUUUACAGUUGGCCAAUUGGGUUAUGUAUAAAUUAACAAUUUUUUUUGUCAAUAACAAUGUCAUCUUUGAUUUUCUUUACAGAGUUCCUGAUCUUAAGCUGGUUGUUAUGGCCAGUAAAGACCAUCAAAGGACCUUCAGGUAACAGGUGCUUUUAUUUGUAUUAAUACAGCAAGGAAAGGCCAAUACCUGUCAACUUGAUUAUGACUGUCGUUUCAGUGGUACAAUGUCAUUUCAAGAGUUAAUGGAGAUUGGAGGAACAGAAGAGAGAAAAAAGUUGGAGGAGUUAAAGAAUGAACUCCAAUGUGAUGAUCCUAUCAACAUCCAGUUUACGUCAGUAAGUUGCGCUCAAAGAGAGCGAAAGCUGAAGGGGAAGGUUUCUUUGUUUUGUUGUCAUUCUUGAUAAAUCAUGACGUUAUAUCUGUUGGUUAAUUUGCAGGGUACAACUGGUAACCCAAAAGGAGCAACUCUGUCUCACCACAAUAUUCUAAACAAUGCAUAUUAUGUGGGAGAAAUUUUGGAUUAUGAGAAUCAGGUAUGUUUCUUCUUUUUGGCACAAUGGCGCAUGACAAGGAACUAAAAUCAUUCCUAGGACCAAAAUUCUCAUUGUAUACACAUGUAUUUUGUUUAGUACUCCAGAAUAUGUAUUCCUGUUCCACUUUACCACUGUUUUGGGAUGGUGCUUGGAAGGUGAGUAUAUAUACCGCUAAUUUAAUGUCAACAACUGUGUUGAAAACGUAAAUUAGCCACCGUAAAGAGUUUUAAGGCUGACGUUUCGAGCGUUAGCCCUUCGUCAGAGCCAUUGGAGGAAUUGUGGUUUGUGUGUGGGUUUAUAUUCAGAAAAUGGAGCUACGCUAUUGGUGGGAAUAUGGUGACGAGAAAACAAGAAUAAAUGAGUGGAAUGAAAAGCGCUCAUUGAUACCGCUACUGCCUUUUAAAAUUCCCUAGAAAAACCUGAGCGUUCGACCUUCUCCGACCCUUCCUUUCUGUCUUCCGCUGAGAGCUUACCAACACUGAUUCAAUGAAGCUCUUCUGGAGUAAGGCAAUAAGAUUUCAACGCAACGCAAGUUAUAGAUCGAAGCUAUUACAGUUCGUUUAUCGUAAAAAGAUGAUGUGGAAAUUUCCCAGGUUGUCAUUCAUAAUCUGUUUCAAUCUUCUCCACCCUCAACUGUCGUCUUUUGUACUCUGUUAAAUCCCACCUGCGCGUUUUUUCACCAUCCGGUGGAUAUAUGUUGUGGUUUGCUGAGUUGACGAUAACUUUGUCUACAGGAAAAACCAUAAUGAAACAUCGCCGCUCUCUCAAUGGAAGAGGAUUAUUUUUACUUAAUUAACUUGCGGGAGGGAAAACGCCAAUUUCACAAACAUUGUCAAAUUUUUUAACUGUGGUAAUUUUCCAGAGAUUGACAAACAAGUCGAGAGAUUACCAUCUCCUAACAUUGCUUUUCAGUUUAAUGAGUGCUACGUACGGAACUACCUCAGUUUAUCCAUCUCGAGGGUUUGACCCUGGCGCCGUUUUGACAGCCAUUCAGCAGGAAAAGUAAGUUCUGUAUCAGAUUCGCUCCAUACAGUGAUUUGUGAAACCCAAUUUUUUUUACAGUCCAAUGACCCGGCCAAAGAUCGAACAUCUCUGUCGGAAUUCUACUGUUUAAAGGCAUCGAAAAUGUAUGGUUUGUUGGUUAUUUUUGUAUUUUUUGCAGGUGUAAUUCUCUUUAUGGUACGCCUACGAUGUUUAUCGAUGUCCUGAAUCACCCCAUGUUGGAAAAGUUUGAUGUUAGCAGUCUCCGCACAGGUCAGGAAGUGGUGAUACUUGUCCGUAGAAGCUGUUGUACUGUGAAUGCUUCUGGUUUAUGAAUUAAAGACUUUUUAUUUUGUCAGUAUUUGAUUUUAAAGCUUGGAUUUUGUAUUCUCAGGUGUUAUGGCCGGCUCACCGUGUCCUAUUGAGGUUAUGAAACAAGUUAUAACAAAGCUCCACAUGCCACAAGUUACGGUAAAUAGCAACAUGUUCGAACAAAAGAUGACGAGCAGACAGUUACACUCGGUCGGUCAGCUAGUCGACCAGGCAUCCUGUCAGUCAGUCAUACUGUCAGUAAGCUAGACAGCAGUCGGUCAGUGAGUAAUUCAGUCAAUUUUUCUGCCAUUACUUAGCCAGUAGGUGACUCAGUUGCCCAUGUAGUCUUUCGCUCUAACAAAGAGCUAACGCUCGAAAAGUCAGCUUAGAAACUCUUUACCGUGGCCAAUUUACAUUAAAUUAUCUGCCCCACCGACGCAGAAUCACAGUUUCAUUAGAAACUUACCUCCUUUAGUGGUUUUUCAUUUGGACAGACAAUCAUUCAGUCGCUCAAUCUAGUCAAUCUGUGAGACAGAUUGACUGACAGAAAGCGAGUCAGACAGUUAGUAAAUCAAUUAGCCUAUCAGUUAAUCAGUUAAUCAGUCAGGCAGGUAGUCAGCUAGUUUGUCACACAUCCUUACUUGUUAGACGGAUAUACAGACAGAAAGUGAGUCGUCAGACAGUCAACCAAACUUUGAACGAAACAGAAAGUUGGUCCAUCAGCUUAUUAGUCAGUCUAUCAAUCAAACACAGAGUCAUGCAGUGAUGUCCAGCAAAUUUUUAUUUUCGUUCUUAGAUCUGCUAUGGCUUAACUGAAACAAGCCCACACAGACAUUGAUGGAUGACCCGAUAGAUUUGCGAGUUUCUACGAUUGGACGCGUUCAUCCAAAUAAUGAGGUAAGUGUUUGAUGGCAUAUAAAAGACAUCUUUGGCAAGGACUUCUAUUUUGUAAACCGCCAAAUAAUACACACCUGUUGCAGGCGAAAAUCGUGGACAGUGAUGACCGUGUGGUACCUGUCAAUACAGCAGGGGAGAUUUGCUUUCGAGGUUACAAUGUCAUGCUGGGAUACUGGGAUGACAAAGAAAAGACUGACGCCUGUAUUGACCCCAGCGGUUGGUUUCACAGUGGGUAAGUACUUCAUAAAAUGUUCUGCGAAAACGCAGAAAUGGCGUUUGAUAAUUCGCUUUUACUUUUUUCGAACUUGAAUCGUUUGGUGACGCUAUUCACGCUUGCCGAUUUUUAAAGGGAUUUGGCCACAAUGGACGAAAAUGGAUUCAUAAAGAUCAUUGGGAGAAUAAAGGUAUUUUUUGUCUUAAUCUACGGGUGAAAAAAAAAUUUUUAUUUUGAAUUUUCGGUCACCAAUACUGAAUGAAAGUACAAUAACGUAUUGCUACCCUUCAUUUCCACAAUAAGUUAGGUAACAGUUUAUUUUUUUUUCUUUUAUAACUUUAAUUCUUUUUUAAGGAUCUUAUUAUUCGUGGAGGAGAAAAUAUUUAUCCAACAGAGGUGGAACAAUUUUUGUACACACAUCCUAAGAUACAAGAUGUUCAGGUAAAUUGACUGUUUCACCGUCAUUUUAAUCCUUCUCUUGUUCCAGUUAAUACCUAUUGUUGUCAAUUUGAUCAGCGGCUUUCGCCUGACAUUAUAAACACAUUCUACACAGCGUCGGUUGAAGCUGUAAAUGGGAGGGAUUAUUAUUGGUUAAUAUGAGCCUAAAUGAUCCAUAACUGCUACUGCUUAUACCCGAUUUUCAUUGCAUGAAGCGACUACGACUAUUUUUACCCUCCCUGGGUGGGAUGCUAGCGCAUAAGAGGUGACUUCCCGCAUUCCAUCAAGCGCCCCUCUCCACUCCCACUGAGGUGAAAGAGAUACUGUGAGAAAAAGUGUCGUGCUCAUUGAGAACACAACUCUAUGACUUAGCCGGACCAAUGACCCAGCGCGCUCUAGCUAACUGCUAGACAACUACGUUUUACUUACUUAAAUUCAAAUAAUAAGUUAAUAAGUUAGUUUUUUUCUUUCUUUUUUCGGCCUCCUUUCAGGUGAUCGGUGUUCCGGACCCUCGAUUGGGAGAAGAAGUCUGUGCAUGGAUUAAGUAAGAAUUAAAUUUCUUCCCGGAAGUAUUGUUCUUAGCGGUAGUCCUUUUAAGGCAUUCUUCUCUCACGACCGAAAUGCGGAAUGUUCACCAUACGAAAGUGAGAUGAAGAGCACGUGAUCAUGAAUCGACUAAUCAGCCAGGAGAAUUUAAAUUCUCAAGGCGUUCUCACGGAUGUAGUUAAAUUCUGUCUUGAUUGGAUGAUCUACUUGCCAAUUCGAUACUCUGACUGGCUACUAGUCAUAAAAAGCAGUCUUUUAAUGUACUGUGCGGUUAACAUUGGCAUCAUAAUGUCAAAUACAUCGUGGUGUUUUGAAUCGCCUUUGUCUGAACGACAAAUGAUCUUUCUCAGGUUGCACCCAGGUGAAACAGCCACACCAGAAGAAAUCAAAGAAUUCUGUAAGGGCGAGGUAGGUGUAAAGACCACUUCGACGUUCGUUCUUAAUGAAAUAGAUUGCGUCAAAAUUCCCAUGUGGUCUUUUUCUUCACAUUUCUUCGAAUUGUGCCUUUUCCAGCUGUUUGAUAUAAGCCAAUCACUGCUGAGUAUAAUAAUUGAAAAAGUGACGCCGAUACAGUCGGCCUCAUCGCUUGGAGAAGACUCGUAGUAUGCAGUCGAAGCGUUGCUCUUUACAUCCGAACUAACUUCAUUGUGGAAUAAACGAUGAUGCUUCGUUUCAAUAUCUGUUCCCUUUUUUUUCAGAUCUCUCAUUUUAAGAUUCCUCGCUAUAUCAAGUUCAUUGAUGAAUUUCCUCUCACCGUGACGGGAAAGGUAAGGUUGCCGGGUAUAGAGAAGGGAAUACACGGGGAGAUACAAAAUCAUGCAGGGAAUUUAAGACGCAGCGGGAGGGGAGUUCGUAGUCAUUUUGUCACUAAGAACCUGUUACCCAAACUAAUGAGAAACUCAAAUUUCGCGUUUCCUCAGGUGAAGAAGUUUGUUAUGCGAGAGAAAACUAAAGAAGAGCUGAAUCUUUAA